CUGCCUCUCUCCCUGUGGAGUUGUUGCUGAGGAGCUUUCAGACUUUAGGGCAGAGAAAAAGAGAGAGCUCGAGAGAGAGAGAUAGAGAGAAAGAGAGUGAAGCGGGCGGUGACAUGGCGCUUGGAAUGACUGCCCGUUAUCUCAGGAAUAACGUUAACCCGAAUCAACCGGGCACGAAUUUUACCCUUCUGAUUCUUCUCGGCGUCGCAUGCGGUGUGUGUGGCAGCCAGGUGGUAGUGCCCCCCAAGGUCAGCGGCGUCCUGGGGAAGAACGUGACUCUGAGCUGCAGGAUUCAGGUGGACUCGAACCUGAGUCUGACGCAGAGCUCGUGGGAGAGGCGCUUGCCGACCGGCUGGGCCACUGUGGCCGUCUACAACCCCACGUUUGGGAUCUCCAUUCAGCCCGAGUACAAACAUCGCCUGUCCUUCCGCAUGCCUUCCCCCUUCGAUGCCUCCAUCGUGCUGGAGAAUGUGGGUUUCUCAGAUGUCGGUGACUACACCUGUAAAGUGGCAACCUUUCCUUUGGGCAACACACAAGCCUCCACCACCCUCAGCGUCCUAGUUGAGCCGAAGGUGUACAUAUCCGCCGGUUCCGCGGCUCUCUUAGACGGAGGAAACACGACCACCGUGGCUACUUGCAUUGCCGAGCGGGCCCGUCCCCCGGCUGAAGUCUCCUGGGAGUCAACUCUGUACGGAACAUCAGAGAAGCACGUGCAAGACGAUGGCAAUGGCACCACAACCACACAGGUGCAUUACACAUGGGAGCCCACGCGCCACGCCCAGGGUCACACCCUCACCUGUGUGGUGAGACACCCGGCCCUGUCGAGUGAAUUCAGGAUGCCUUAUGUCAUCAACGUUCAGUUUGCUCCGGACAUCCUGCUGUCAGGCUACGACGGGGACUGGUAUGUGGGGAGGGAGAAUGUCCAGCUGAAGUGCCAAGUCAAAGCUAAUCCACCAGCACACCACUUCAGAUGGAUCAGGCUGGAUGGGGAGAUGCCAGCUGGAGUGGAGGUGGUGAACAAUUCCUUGACGUUCCUGAGACCGCUGCAGAGGAACGACACGGGAGUGUACAGGUGUGAGGUGGAAAACAACAUCGGUGUGCGUACUCGCGACCUCACGAUCCGCAUCCAAGAUCCUCCUUCCACCACCACUAUGCCUCCCACCACCCUUGUGCUUCUUCCUAAUGCCGACAUCUCUGUCACAGCACCUGGCAAUAAGCAGCGGGCCCUCUUCACCUCCCCGACCCUGGCGCCACUGCACGAAAGCAACCUGGGCACCAUUGUGGGUGGGGCGGUAGGUGGAGCUCUUUUCCUGCUGCUGCUUUUGGUUCUUGGUGGAGUUUACUAUCAGCGGCGGCGACGCACCUUCCGUGGAGACUACUACACCAAGCAGUACCUGGGGCCUUCAGACAUGCAGAAAGCACCGCCGGCACCCCCACAUGAGCUUCACAUCUACAACGAGGGUGACCGGGCCAGUCCUGACACCAAGCUCAAAUCCUGCCACGACGUCAACGGCACCGUGGUCUCCGACAAAGACCGGGAGGAGUGGGGCGGCUUUGAUCGGGACAGGUCCCCAAAUGGUCGCAGUAGAGUUUUACGCGAGGCCAACGCUCAGCAAAACCUUCCGAACCAUCACAACCACAAUCAGCAGCAGAGCUACCAACCGAACCACCACCCAACCCCCCAACCCAACCACCAGAGCUUUCUCAGCACCCCACACAAGCACAGGAGCUCACUCCAGCCUGAAUCCCGCAGAUACCCUGGCCCUCAGGUGAUGGGGAACGGCUCCCCCUUCCUGCCGGAGGAAUGUUAUGACAGUGACUAUGUGUCACACACAGAUGGCUCCAUGAUCUCCCGCCGGGAGUGGUACGUCUAAGCGGCGGCGCUGCAGAAAGAGACUGCUCAUAACCCUCCGCAGAAGACAUCAGACUCCUAAAAGAACAUGAUGGUAGAAAUAGCAUAUGUACUGAAGAAAAAAGAGAAAUAGAAAAGCACCUCUUGCACCUUUUUUCAUGCUUCUACUGUUUUGGUGUGACCUGUCUUUUUUUUUUUUGGGGUUGGUGUAAUGGAUAUAUGGGUAGCAAAAAGCGAUAAAUACACCCUGAGUUACCAAUUUAUUAGAAAGAUCUACAUUUUCUCUGCACUUAUUGGGCAUUUUAUCAGGUCCACCUACUGUAGGGUCAAACAGAGGGUUUCUCCUAGUACAAAAAGCUUUUCAGAAGGCUAGAAUCCAAAGAAGCCUUUAUUCUAACAGGUAUAGAUACUGACCAUAGUCAGUCUAUAGCCGUGGACAGUUUCAGAAUUCUGUCAGUGAACAAACAAUCAUGUUCUAUUUGGUUUGUGGAUUUUGUUGACUAAAGCAAGUUUGCUCAGGCGUUAUCUGAUCAGUGGUGGUCGUUAUAUGGGCAUUGCUCAUUGAUUCAUAAGGGAUGAGCAGCUUUAGUCAGGUACUUUACACCAGUAAAAUGACCUGUUUGGAAGGUGAACCUCAUAAACUGGCCAAUUCUUGUAAAUACAGAUAACCUGUAAACAGGCAACUUCACGUAAAUGUAUAUAUAAAUAUAUACACACUCAGUGGUCACUGAUCUAACUUAAGAUUUUUGUGGUAAUGCCUAAAAAUAUCCUUUUUUUCCCUUAAGGACAGGUGAGUGUUUUAAACAGCACUAACAUGAUGAAGUAGGGAGCUUUCAGUAAUAUCAUAGUUAUAAUAGACACAGAAAUUAGCUCUUGUCAACAUUCUGCCAUCUGGCGUGGCUGCCAUGGCAACGCUUAAACGUCCCUCUCCUCGGGCAUUAAAUGGAGGGAGCUGUAGGAACAGUGUUAGACAGGGAGGUCUUGGCUCAGACUCACACAGAGAGACACACACCCUUUUAUACACAGAGAGCAAGGAGCUGUAGUGUAUUUAUGUACCAAAUCUUGAGUGUUCCAAUGUACAUGAUUUUUGAUCACAACACUGCCCAGUAGUGUUUAUCGUCGAUGUUUAUCAGCGUGACCCUCAGUUAAGAUUAUAUACAGUAAGUUCCUACAAAUGCUGUUCUUUUUAGUGCCUUGUUUUGUGUUUGGACAUGAUCUCAUCAGUUAGGGUUGUUGUUUCUGGAACAACAGUCAUACGAAUCGCUGGCCGCUGAUGUCAUGAGUCAGACCCUCGUUCUUCUCUUCCUCCGCUCCUGAGACUCCACCUUCACGGGAAAGCUCCACGUUUUCCAUUCACAAAUUUGGUCACAUAUUUUCAUGUUUAUCUGAAGGUGACCAUUUCGAUAUAAAGAAGCGCUAUAGUUUUAAGCUAGCUAACAUUAGCUGCACUGUUUAAAAAGUCCUAGUCUUAUGUCCUUUUUAUUAUGAAUCAGUAAAUCUAUAAAUACCACCACAGAUUUAAAAUUAGACAUAUGUAAAGAAUGGCUGUAGCUAUAUGUGGUCAGUGUUUCGAUAUUCACGUAAUAAGCGGUUUUCUGCCGUCCUUCUCUAUAUGGAAGCCAAAGAUUAUAUCUGAAGGGGGUUCUUUAAGAUGGCGGCUCAGGAGGAAAGGAGUAGAGAGUGGUGCGUUUGUGCAUGUGUGCUCACUGAUAACACCACAUGGCUCUGAUUGGCUUAAAAGAAUGUUGAUUCAGGAACAUGUCCUACUUGAGUGCAUGUGCAGUGUGUGUAAAUACACUUAAUUGGUGUUAAACCUUUACAGUAUGUUUUCAGUAAUGGGUCAGUUCUCGGUCUGGGAAUGUGACAGCAUACAGUACAAACGUUUCUGAGAUUCCCAACAUUGUAGUGCCACGUUAGUCCUUAUUUAGGCAAAUAUGAGUUUUGCUGAGUAAUAAUGAUCAGUCAUGUGUAUCAUGACUGUGUCCAGGUCAGGGAGAUGAGAGCAGUGCCUUAUUGUGAAAAUGUAGUUGAUUACAGUGGCAUUCUAAAGGCUUGUCAUUCUAAAGAUCUGCCUGUGAAUGUACGAGUUUCUGCUUUGUGAGUGUUGAAAAGGGUGACCAGUGCAGGUCGUUAAUGAGCCACCUGUAUGGUCCUGGUCCAGUUCUUCCAUUUGCCUUUGCCACUUUAGAAGACCGUUGUCUAUUUGUGCCAUUACUUGUAUUUUCUUUUCUUUUUUUCUUAAUGGUCAGACAUUAGCAUAUUUUGCUCACAGACGUAUGACAUUUGUGACACUUGAGUUGCAAUGCAAAAAAAAAAAAAAAAAACUGAAAAACUGGGAACUUUGUUGAAAGGUGGUAUUGAAUAAUUAGUAUGUUUAUAGUGGAAAGGGGAAAAAGAGGUUAGGCAAAUUAAAUGAAUAAAUAAAUAAAUAAAUAAAUCGUUUGUUCUGUAUAUAUGUUUUCUCCUGUAUAAAGACUGAGACGUGAUGAUGGAGCACCCCAGAACAUGCCUACCACUUCACUUUACGUUUACGAUGAAAUAUGUUCAGGAUUACUCAACCACUUCGCUCUUCUCCACCGAUUUCUUUUUUCCUUUUCUUUUUCUACAAAGAUAUUGUUGAAAAGACCUGUCAUAAUGUAGUAUGGAAGAGCUGUAUGGAAAUUUUGUAAAAUUAAUGUUUGGGAUAGUUUUUGUUUCGAAAUAAAGCACCUUUUUCUUUGCUUUCUUGACA